GUUUGGAUAGCGGAAGUAAACCCCAAAUCCCAGCUUACCUCUGCAAAAGCGCAUCGCCUAAAGCUCCAUAUAGAAUCAUGCAAUGGGGAAAUUUGUGCCUGAAAUUACUUUUUUAUUUGCCAUUUUUAGGAACUGUGGUUCAUUCCAAAGCAAACGCAGGCCCGAGAGUAACGGAUAAGGUAUUUUUUGACAUCACUGUAGGAGGACAUGAGGUUGGGAGGAUUGUGAUUGGGCUAUUCGGAGAGGUUGUUCCUCAAACUGUAAAGAACUUUGUUACUCUUGCUUCUGGAGAGAAAGGAUAUGGCUACAAAGGAAGUAAGUUUCACCGUGUCAUCAAAGACUUUAUGAUUCAAGGAGGGGACUUCACAUCUGGAGAUGGAACUGGAGGUAAAAGCAUCUACGGAAAGACAUUUACAGACGAAAAUUUUAAGCUAAAGCACCAGGGCACAGGUUGGGUCAGCAUGGCUAAUGCAGGCCCAGACACUAAUGGCUCACAGUUCUUCAUCACAUUAGCACGGGCUCCCUGGCUAGAUGGCAAGCAUGUUGUCUUUGGCAAGGUCUUGGAUGGAAUGACUGUUGUUCAUACCAUUGAGCUCCAGGACACAAAUGACAGAAAUAUGCCUUACACGGAGUGUGUUAUAGUGAACAGUGGGAAGAUCGAAGUCAAAGCACCGUUUGUCGUAGAAGUGGAGGGUUGGUAGUAUCAUACACAACACAGCUCUGGACUUAAGUUCCCUUUCUUCAUCCUGUUAAUGGUCAUUUGAUUGGCUAAAACAUAUCAUUUGGUUAUAUAAUUAUAAUUAUUCAGGGAGACGCAACAUGCAUUCACUCAUGUAUAAAAUAUGUAAUAUUGCCAAAUUAGUGUAUUCCCAAAAAGUAUUUACUAAGGGUUCAAAUGUAGUAUUUAUUUGUUAUAAUUGAGGGAUCCUGGUGCCAAAAACAGUUACACUUGAACAUACUGUGUCAAAGAAUUAAGUACAUUUUUUAGAAUUUGAAAAAUGUAAAAAGUUCGUAUUGUAAAGUACACAGAAUAAAGACUUUGGUUAUCAAAACAG